AGACAGCCCGCGGUGCCGCUUUGUGGACAACGACUCCCAUUGUUAUGGCGGGGUCGAGACAUGUAUCUUAUCUGAAUAUUUUGAUACUGUAGUGUAUUUCCCCAUAUUCUCGCGAUGAUUACAAAAUAAGAAGUUUCGGCGACAGAUGCUUUAAAAAAAAAAUAUAUAUAUAUAUAUAUUUUUUUUUACCGCCAGUGGCCACACAGACAAAAAAGCGCACCGGCGGCGUCUGGGACAUGCCAGUAGUUUCAGCUAUCACAGCUAUAGCGUGUGUUUACAAGUUAACCAGGAGUUUGAAGUGCAGGUGGAGUUGCAGCUUUUGUCGGGUUCUGCUUUUUGAAUCAUAAAAGCAAAGUUGACUAAAUAGAGGUGCUGCGCGUACCAGCCAGUUUUGAACAUUGACAACCACGCCAGUGACCUAGUGCAUGUGGAAUGGCAGCUUCCCGGCUGGUAAAAGGUAUUCUGAAGAACAAGAACAGCGGGACAGGCAUCAAAGUGGGCCCGUCCGAAGAAGUACCAGUAGAGACUUCAGAACAAGCGGCGCUUGGACUUCUGGAGGAUGACCCACAGAAGAAGUCACAGAAAUGGGACGAGAUGAACAUACUGGCAACGUACCACCCGGCAGACAAGGACUACGGGAUGAUGAAGAUCGAUGAGCCUAGCACACCCUACAACAGGAUGGUGGAGGACGAAGGGGCGCACAGCGACUCAGAGGGCAACGUGCCCAACGUGGAUGACCUGGCCUCGAAAUUGGCAGCAGCAGAGGGGAAGGAACCGCGCUUCAUGAGAGAGGAGGAGGAGGAGAGUAGUGAAGAAGAGGAAGAUGAACUAACCCCAGAGGAUCAAGUGAAAAAGAAGCAGUUUCAAAUGAUGAGGAAGAUGCAUUACAACGAGGGCCUCAACAUCAGGAUGGCCAGGCAACUCAUAGCUAACGAAUUGGCAGAAGAAGUGGACGAGGACGAAGAGAUGAGAGACGAAACGGAGGACAUCAACGUAGACUCGCCGCAAGACGCUCUGGAUUCCUAGAGGAGGACGCGCCACCUCUCCUGUCCCCAGCCUGUCUCGGCUUCUGACACAUUUAAGAGACACUUAGCCACACAGUGCCGGGCCAUAGAGCAGACGGACACCGCUUCACAAUCUUCCCUCAAACAACCCCUGUUCAUGAGUGCGUAUAUUUCCCAGUAACACUGAAAUGCUAAGCAUUUUGACCCUGCUGGUUGCUUCUCUUCAUUGCCAAGAGUCCCUCACAAAAAGUUGUCAUUGCCUCAAAGGAACCAGACCUCAAGGAACUGAGACCUAAAGACUGUUAUUAUCAGUGAGGACUCCUGCCUUGCUCGCUCUCUGUCCAUCUCUUUGUCCCGGCUUCUCCUGAGAAUCUGGUCGAAUGCUGUCAGAAAGAACAGCAGCACCCAUUGGAUUUCUCAUUGUAGAAAGUGGUGGAAUUUUUUGCUGACGGUGGUAGGGAGGUAGGAGGGUUUUGGUCUCUUGAUUUUUGUCUUGUUCCUUCUGUCCCCAUACCUGUUUUUGUUUAAUUUUUAAUUUGUUUUAACUACCACCAGAACCUUCAUUGGAGAAAUCUGAAACCUUGAUGAGCUAGCUGCUGUUUUCUUUUUCUUCGCAAUUUCCUCCUCCGUUCCAAUCUUGGAUUUUGUGUUAUCUGGAAUGGAUCUAGGAACGGCAGACUGCAUUUUUAACCAGCCCACGGGGCAUCUCGAUAUCUAAGGUGACCAGCAUUCGACUCAGUCCUACACAUAUUUACGCCCACUAUAGGAUUUGGUACAGACGCAUGUGCACUGACUAAUAGGAAUAUUCAUGUUUCCAACAACAUACCAUUAUCUUAAUAUGGUGGCUAAUGUACUGACAUUGACAGCUAAACCUAUUUAUUCUCAUGCAAUAAAAUUAUAUUCAUUUAUUAUGUAUUGCCUUGUGAUGACAAAUUAGGUCAUUUCACACAGGACUACUGCAUGUCAAAAUUGAUAUGCAGAUGGUCAGGUUUGCCAUUAUACUUAUGGAACCCAGCUGUAUUAAGCAUGGCUACUAAAGCCUUGUGGCCAUCAGCACUAAUGCGACAUUUGCUCACUAAGCUAAUGAGGGAUAGCAUUGGGGAAAUGAACCCCAGAGAAGGUUUGUACUACUGAUAAGCAGGGGUGUAUUUGCUAGGAACCAAACAGCUAAAAUGGCAAGGGAUUAAUCUGUACUUGUCCAAUAACAAAAUAUUUUUGCUCAUAGCACCUUGAUCUGCAUGUGAACUUUUGAGAACCACAGUCCUCCCAUGAUGACUAAGUUUCUCUUUUCUUUUUAUAGGCACAUAAGAAAAAAGAUAUUGUUUUAUCAGGACAUGUAGAGAUGGUUUCAUCUUUUCUUCUCAGAACUAGACUUGAGCCCUUUUGUUUCACCUGUCUAAAUGGCCAUAAGAGGCUAUCCAUUGGAUUCUGUCCUUACAAUCUCAAAAGCUCACUAUUGGAUCCUUUUGGAAAAUACAACACCCACAGGAAAUACUGACUGAUAUACUGCAUGACUGUUCCCACUUUGUUUUUUAGGUAUUUUUUAUCAUGUCUAUGUUAAGGGAAGAUUUAUUGACAAAAACCAACAAGUUAAUAUGAGUUAUCUUAACUUAUGACUAGCUUUUUGUAAAAAACAACAACUUGUAUGAUACCAACUAUUGGUCGAUAUUACAAGGCAUAUGUGCCUAUAUAAUGUAUUUAUGUACAUGUCUAAGUGAAUAGGCUACGCUCAAUUUUACCUGUGCAGUUCAACGGCUUGGAUUCCCCUGCCUAUUUGUUGUUUAGCUUAAUUUUUACCAUGUUUUCUUGACACAUUUCAGUUGAAUGCAUUCAGUUGAACUGACUAGGUAUCCCAGCCGCUUUCCCUUUCUUUACUAGGGACAGUGGACUAAGAUUCUGUCUCACAUGAUCAUUUAUCUGUCCCCAAAUAAUGGGGACUUUUUUUUUUUUGAGCUCUUAAAUGGGCAUGUUCUUAUAAGUGUUUUAUUUUUGUCUCACAUUAAAAUGUUGUUUUAUGGACCCAUUUGCUUUUUUUUUUUGUCUUGUUUAAUGUGGAACUUUGGCCCUUUGUUUAUUAUUUACUGUUUUGCAGAAAUGCCCAGUACUUCUGUGUGGCCACUAGAUGGCAGUAGUCUACAAUAAAUCUAACGUUCAUGUUGAAUGUAAUAAUUUAAGGGGAACUGCUGAGUAAAGGUUUCUAGUUCUC